GACCCGAUCACAACCUUGGAAUCAAUUUGACCUUAGCCUUCUGUCGCUAUUUUUGCCCAGGCAAUCUACCCAUAGCUCGUUGUCGUCGAGAUUCUGCUGUUUUUUUAUAUUCCAUCUUGAAUUAAUUCAGAUUUAACAGGAUGGGGAUAUUUGAUAUAUCGCCCUUAGUGGCACUUUAUGCCUUUGGUGCCGCGAUAACACUGGGACUCUUUGUUUUUAGUUACCGGCUUACUCUCCAUCCUCUGAGGGACUAUCCUGGGCCUUUCGUCGCCCGAUUCAGUGAUGGCUAUGGUGGCUAUCACGCGAUCAAGAAGCGUCUUCAUCUCGCCACGUAUUACGACCAUCUGAAAUACGGAUCAGUAGUUAGACAAGCGCCAAAUCGUCUAGUAUUCAAUACAGCGACCGCACUGCGAGAUAUCUACCUUAACACGGGGAUAAACAAAGCCGACGUCUACAAGCUAACGCAGUUCAAUCCGCAGAAGAACAUCUUUGGCACAUUAGACAGGGAACGUCACCGACAGAAGCGGAAGGUCUAUGGCCAGGUCCUCUCCGACCGGUCGUUGCGUAUUUUUGACCCUAUCAUGAGUAAAGAGAUUGAUGUCUUUUUACGACUACUACUAAGAACCAGUUCCGAGACUAUGAAUAUGACACCAUUAUGCGAACGCCUCACCACCGACGUUGCCGGCCAGUUGGCCUUCGGCCAACCGCUCAAUACUCUAACAGCCGCGAAAAAUAGGAUAUUUCCUCGAGCGAUGAUUUCCAUGAACGGGCUAGUUAAUAUAUUCAUGGCCUGGCCAGCGGUAUCCAACACCUGGCCGAUCAUCAGGCGGCUUAACAGGAAAAACGGGGAGUCGUUUAGCGGCACUCUACGGGGCAUAAUUCAGGGGCGCACAGCCCUAGCCAAGGACGCUAAGCACGACUUCUACUCUAUCGUGACAACUGACGAUAACCUCGAAGGCGAGGGUCUUAGACAUAGCGAAUUAUGGGCUGAGGCUUCAUUUAUUCUUCCAGCGGGCGCUACUACACUAUCUGCCGCCCUCAGCGCCCUGUUCUUUUACCUUUCGCGCCACCCAACUGUCUACGCUCGGCUCGCUGCAGAAAUCCGCACAACUUUUGCCAAUAAUAUCAUUCAAAACGGACCACAACUAUCUGGUUGUAAGUAUCUUCGCGCUGUAAUUGACGAGACCAUGCGGAUGUCACCGCCUUUCGUUGGCACAUUCUGGCGCGAACCGCAUGCUUCUUACACGGAGCCGUUCGUGGUUGAUGGACAUGUGAUACCGCGAGGUAUUGCCGUUGGUGUGAAUCCUUACUGUGUGAUGCACAACGAGGCUUACUUUCCCGAGCCAUUUGCGUUCCGGCCAGAAAGAUGGCUAGGACCAGAAGAUGGGGCUGUGGAAGAGGAUCAAGCAAGAGCGACGAUGCGAGCGGCUUUUGCGCCGUUUGCGCUUGGGGAUACGGGGUGUCUCGGCAAGGCGAUGGCCUAUAAUGAGAUGAGUUUGGUGAUAGCUAAGACCUUAUGGUACUUUGAUUUCGAGAAGGCUCCUGGUGAGGCGGGUAAGCUCGGAGAAGGGGUGCCUGGAAAUAUGGAUGGGAGACAUAGGGUGGACGAGUAUCAGCUUCUUGAUCUCGCGGUGGCGGAUCAUGAUGGCCCGAACUUGGUGUUCAAACCAAGGGGUGAGUACUGGAAGGCUUUGAUUGAUGACGAAGAAUAGGUAGGCUUGAGUUGUAUUCCAUGGGAGAUGUGUACUUGGUAAGGAAGGGUCCAAUAUGUUCCGUUCUCAGCUUGGCUUUGGUAAUGUAGAUCUACUUAGGUUAAGGGUCCUGUUUAUUUUGAUACAGAAUGGCGUCGUAAAA